AUGUCUCUUUCUACCAUGCGCGUAGGGCGCCAGCAAAGACUCUUUUCCACGAGACUGCCACCUGCACCUCCACUGACACCACCCAAACUCAGCACUACCGUCUUUGCCUGUGUCGAGGACGUGGAUGGUUUCAUCAGCCAACCUAAUCCAGACUACAUGUCGGAGACGUUGUCGGUUCACUUUCAGAAUGAUCAGCCUACUCGGCUGACCAGUUCUUACACCAAGGCGGCUACAAUUGGUGCGCCCGGUGAGGGUGCUGCAUCCCUGCAACAACUCGCAUCACCGCCUGCCGGGUCACAAAAUCCAGGACAACCUCAAGUGAAUGAAGCACCCCGUCGCAACGUGGACGUCAAAGGCGAAAUCAUCUCUCUCGUCAACGAAGACGGCGAGGGCUGGACUCGCCACACGCGCGUUUACGGUGGCGGAGUAUGUCUAGCCUGCGCAGCGUCAGGUGGACACGAAGGUGGAUUUUACGGCGCCACAGUGACACCCGAGGAAAUGCAGCUCUGA